GUACGGACGGCAAGCGGUACAGUUACACAGCCAAGUGCAAACAGUGGUGAACUUCUGAUACGCAUUUACCCCGUGAAUGUUCACAGAGAAAGAAAAAAGCUUUCUUCAUUUGCGGUUCUUCACGUUGUUCUCUUCUCCCGGACAGUUACUUUUCUCAUUUUGUGUUCUCUGGAUUUAAAUACCAGUCUUUGAUAAUAGAUGAUCGACCUUGAAGACAUGUGACGUCCACGUGUUCACGGAAACCUACGAACUGGCUGACGACAAUCAUAUCGGAAUCAUUACAAGUGUGUUCGUGUUUAUUCGGUUAUUAUCGGAAUGUAUGUCGCUACUUGUUGGUUUGGAGUACUGGUUCUGACGGAACAUUUUGUGGCUAUAGGAGGAUUGCCCGACAGACUACGAGUCGCUAACACCCACUGGAUUGACCUUAACAGGAUUGUAGUGGUUGGUGCGCUGUUCGAACCGGAACACGACGGCCAGAGGCAGGCGUUCGACUGGGCGGUCGAGAAAAUCAACCUCCGAACCGGCAUCCUCGGACAGACGCUCGUACUUCCGGACAGUCAGCAGGUGCAGCCGCAGGACAGCUUCGGGGCACAGAGGAAAGUGUGUCGUAUGGUGCAGCAUGGAGUCGCCGCGAUAUUCGGACCGGUGUCGUCUCUGUCUGCCGCGCACGUGCAGUCCAUGUGCACGGCGUUUGAAAUCCCGCACCUGCAGUGGCACUGGGACCCCCGGGACUCGCGGGACUACUACUCGAUCAGCCUGUACCCACACUACCUGACGCUGGGCCAGGCCUACCGAGACAUGGUCAGACACUGGCACUGGGACAAGUUCGCCCUGCUCUACGAGGAUAACGAAGGCUUAACGAGGCUACAGGAAGUUCUGAAGGCUCCAGAAAUGGGCGAGGCGAGAAUCACGAUUCGGAAGCUGCAGACGAUCGACAACGACUACGUGAACCUGUUCAAGGAGCUGAAGGAAAACGCCCACUACAGGAUCGUCAUCGACUGCCACGUGUCGCGCGUCAAGCAGAUACUGCACGCGGCUCUACGAGUUCAAAUGUUGUCAGUUUACUAUCACUUUUUCUUCACAACACUGGAUUUAGGACUAGUUGACCUGGAAGAUUAUAAACACGACGGGGCGAAUAUUACGUCACUUCGGCUGAUUAAUCCGGACAGACCCGAAGUAAUAGACGUUCGGAGAAAUUGGAUUUACGAAGCUAGCCGAUCUGGAGAUUCGCCUCUCAAAGGAUAUUCAGAAAUACAGACGGAAACAGCCUUGGCCUACGAUGCCGUCCAUCUGUUUGCACGUGCGCUGCACGAGCUCUCGCAGACCCAGGAUGUCACGACGUCAGUGUUGUCGUGUGAAAAGUCACAGUCGUGGGCUCACGGAAACAGCUUACUCAACUUUAUGAAAAUUACAGUUUUUGACGGAUUAUCAGGACCUGUGAAAUACGUCAACGGAGAACGAAAGGAUUUUACACUAGACGUUAUGGAGCUGACAGUCCACGGAUUAAGGAAGACGGGACACUGGGACCGGUUCAUUGGUAUCAACAUCACCAAGGAUUACAGCGAACGCUUAAAAGACACCACAGCUGCUCUAGCGAACAGAACUCUGGAUGUAAUAGUCGUAUUGGAAAAGCCGUACGUUGUUGAAUACACGAAUCCGGACGGGUCGAAGUACUACCGAGGAUUCUGUAUAGACCUGCUAGACGCCAUCGCCAAACGGCGGGGUUUCAACUACACUGUCAGAGUGAUCGCCAGGGAAAUGGGCGGCUACGGCAAGAGUAACAACGGCUUGUGGAACGGCAUCGUUCGAGAACUCAUGGACAGGAAAGCCGAUAUCGGUCUCGGUGGAAUGUCAAUCACCCACGACCGAGAGAAGGUGAUCGACUUCACGAAGCCGUUCAUCACGCUGGGCAUCACGAUUCUCUACAAGAAGCCCACCCCGAAGUCGCCCGAACUGUUCUCAUUCCUGUCGCCCCUGUCGGUGGAGGUGUGGGUGUACAUGAUCGCCGCCUACCUGUGUGUGAGCUUCAUGCUGUUCGUGAUCGCGCGCUUCAGCCCCUACGAGUGGUGCAACCCCCACCCGUGUAACGAGGACUCGGACAUCGUGGAAAACCAGUUCACCAUCCUCAACAGUCUCUGGUUCACCAUCGGCUCGCUCAUGCAGCAGGGUUGUGAGAUCGCGCCCCGGGCCAUAUCGACCCGGAUGGUGGCGGGGAUCUGGUGGUUCUUCACGCUCAUCAUGAUCUCCUCGUAUACGGCCAACCUGGCAGCCUUCCUCACCGUCGAGAGGAUGGUCAAGGACAUCGAGAGCGCCGAGGACCUCGCCAAGCAGUCUAAGAUCAAGUAUGGAACUCUGUAUGGCGGAUCAACCAUGGCUUUCUUCCAGAACUCUAAGAUCGAGACGUUCAAGAGGAUGUGGAACGCGAUGAACACGUCUGAGGAGUCGGUGUUUCCCAAAAACGGCGAGGAGGGGGUGCGGCGGGUGAAGGCGGGGGGAUACGCCUACCUGUCCGAGUCCACGUCCGUCGAGUACGUCGUCGAGAGGAACUGUGACCUUGAACAGAUCGGAGGACUGCUCGACUCCAAGGGAUACGGAAUAGCAACACCAGAAGAUUCGCAGUAUCGAGAUUUGAUGUCGGAGACUAUCCUGAAGCUACAAGAGGAUCAGUUUAUUCACGAGAUUCACCGGAAGUGGUGGAAGGAGGAGCUGGGUGGGGGGAAGUGUGUUCAUGAUGUCUCGGGCGGAUCCACGGGGAAGGCCAACGAUCUAGGAGUAGAUAAUGUAGGGGGCGUCUUCGUCGUCCUCAUAGCGGGAGUGGGCGCAGGAUUUAUAAUAUCCCUGUGUGAAUUUAUUUGGAAAGCCAGGAAAAAUGCUAAGAAGGAUGAGCAAACCUUGUGUUCAGAAAUGGCUGAAGAAUUUAGGUUUGCGGUGCGCUGUUUUGGCUCGAAGAAACCAAACAAGAAGAGAGACAAGGAAAUAACCGACAACGGUCUACAGUUUAUGCCAUUGACUGGUUUUGCACAAAACUCUUUAGGAGGAAAAGAAGUAUAUGCAUGACGAAAAGACACUUGAUAAAUAAAAACUAUUUUUAAAACAUAUUUUUAGAGGGUUCAGCAAGAUAGUGUCAUGACUGGAGUCAGUGUUUGAAAUCCCGAGAACCGAGAAUAGAUGGGUUCCCAUUUGGAAGGGGCGAGACUGAGACUUUGAUAAAACCUUGUAUUUCGGUAAAGGACGACAUAUCACCACAAUGUGUUGAAUUAUAACAGUUGUGAUGAUAUGGUCAUACCCACAUGAUUUGCCUCCUGUCAAAAGUAUGUCUAUGGGCGCCCGUGUUAAUGGUUUCUUCAGAAGAUGUUAUCUUGUGCUGCAGUUGAACAGAAAUAUGAAGGUGGCGACAGAUCUCAGGCCAGCUGACGUCUGCUUCUCUUUAAAGUGCCUUACGCAAACCAAUCAAAUGACUUCGUUAAUUAGUUUGACCCAAUCAUCUUUGACCUGCUGUGACUCCAAAUCGAGGCUGAUGUAUUUAAAACAAAAUGUGCAGCCACUGUAAUCAAAGUGUGGACGUAUUUUGCUCAGAUGAACAAACCAGAGCAAAAUGUUUUGUACAUUUGCAACAGUGUUGAUAACGAUAAGGUAUGUGCCUAAUGUUUGAGUUGAUUUGAAACUGUUGUGUCUGAAUCUUUUUAUUUGUUAUUUUUAAAUGAAUGACAAAGUAGCUAACUAUCUUGUAAAUAGUCUUCUGUACAAAGUAACCUUGUGUUUGUGGAUACAAAGAAUAUUUAGGUUUUUUGUAUUUCAUUAAUCCCAUUUUAGUUACCUGGAUCGUAAAGAGUUAUAUUUAACACCCCCUGUUCCUUCGCUUCAAAUGAUUGGGCAUGACUCAAAAUACGAUAACAGGCUGAGCUCGCAGGUCAGUUAUAAUAACGUUAUGUUUUAUACUGAACGCGCGUGUCCAGCAGGAUAGGAUGUGUGUGUGUGGGAGUGUGUGUGUGUGUGUGGGGGGGGGGGGGGGGGUUACCACCGAACUUCAUCGUGCAUAGACAUUGUAGUGUUUAAUAGAUGAACGUAAUGGAGGGGCUUGUUGUUUUAGGGGGUUUUGCUGCUGUUUUAGGUUUGUUUGUUUGUUUUAUUAUGGGGAAGAUGUGAUUUUGUGGUCGACUGGGUGUUUCCGGGAAAGACUGCUAUAUGUAAUGCAUGUUAGUGUGCUUUUGAAAGAUUGUAGGUGAUCUUUUUUCAAAGUUGCACGACUCUUUAAGAAAUAAAUCUUGCAACCGCCCAUGUACUGUACCAUAAUCAUGAAAGUAGUUGAACAUGGACAGGUUUGUCGUCCACAACGAGGCAACAGUUGAGUCGUUCAACUCACGAUCUUGCCGAUUCCUGACUUAUUGGCGCCGACUAUGAUCAUAUCCAUACAGACGCGCGAUCAGAAACAGUCGGGAAAAUCGGCAAGUUGAUAAGUUGGUCAACUCAGUCAGUAGAAUCCUGUCAGUGGCGGUCUUAACCGAACUGACUUAGUUGUUGUAUGCACUCAAGGCUAAGCCAGCAUUUCAAGGUGAACCGUAUGGAUUUGAAAUGACUAUUCCAUCCACACAUCUGUUCGCUGGAAGUGUCCACGGCAGUAGGAGCCACGAUUGCCUUUACGCUUCACGAAUAAUGGAAUAACGCUAAUUUGACCUGGUCAAACAACGAUCAGAUAUCCAGGGUGAGGAGAAUAGAAACUUCACAUGGUGUUUACGAUUGUUGUUAAAUUCCAUGUGCUAUUGAUGAUUUUAAUACUGUUUGUGGAAAGGUAGACUCACAAGUUGUGUUCUAAUAUUAUUGUUAAAUUUUAUGUUCUAUUGGUGAUUUUAAUACUGUUGCGUUCUAGUAUUAUUGUUUUAUUUCGUGUUCUAUUGGUGAUUUUUAGUUAUAUUGGAGAAGACAUAGAUUUUUGUUGUAGUAUACGUCAGUGUGCCUUUUCAACUGCCAUGUUUCUUCGGCAAACAAAACCAAGACGUGAUCAACCAUGAGAUAUGGAUCUAUUUGUAAAAGAACACAUAAAAAAUAUAAAAGAAUAAAGUAGAAGAAAAGUUAAAAGUAAUAAAGAAAUAUAAAUUAAAGUAACCUUUAAUCUGCAUACAAACAUUAUUGGAGAUUUACCACCAUUAAAGUCAGUCAUCUUUGUUUUGUUUGCUGCCAAUGGAAAAGUGAAUAGGAUUUCCUCUAAGUCUAUCAGAAUUAUCGGCAAAUGACCAUGUGACAGUUGAAAAGAGCAAAGCAUACUGUUUAUGUUUUAUUGUUUGUUUGGCAUUAAAAGGACAAAUAUUAACGCGCUUCCGGCAGGAGUCACGUGUCUGAGAGCGAAUCAGCAUUAAUAUCCGGAAACUGCCGAUUACAUCAGUUACACGUUAAAUUCUUUAGUGACGUCGAGUUAAAAUAUAUUUAUAUUCCAUCUGUGUUGUACUUACAUGCAUU